UACGGCACAAAUCCAGGAUGGUUUCUAGCACGAUUCUGUCUGCUGCUACCGUUGAUUUUAUUCACUGUGCUGAUGAGUGGCCUAACGAUAUUCGGUUUUUCGUUUAGCAAAGGCCAAGAACGAGAAAUUUCUCUGGAAGAUGCCGAAAAAUAUCCAUUUCAGUAUUUUUCAGAAAUUCAUGGCUUCUUUCGUACCACUAUCGCUCUAAUGGAUUACUCGUCAGCAUUUACGGGCAUUUUAAUAUUUGCAUCAAGUCGUAUACGUUCCGGCAAUAUGCCAAUGAAUGCUCUGGCACUUCUUACUGCGCAAAUGGUCUGA